AAACUUCUGUUAGUUUUUUUACCGUAUUUCUGAACCUUGUUUAAGUAGUUUUGUAAUGAAUAUUAAUAUGAUCAGUGCCUAGCUUCCCCGUUUCAUAUACCUUAUUUUUAUAGUUCCACUACUGUAUGUAGGGCCAUUUAUUGAGCAUAAAAAGCUAAUAUGCCGGAAAGAGACCUAAACUUUCAUGAAGAUGACUUGCCAUAUGAAGAAGAAAUUCUUAGAAAUCCAUAUUCCGUUAAAUGUUGGUUACGAUAUGUUGAACAUAAAGAAGGAUCACCUGCUAAAGAGAUCAACAUGGUAUUUGAGCGAGCCCUAAAAGAACUUCCAGGUAGUUACAAACUGUGGUACGCUUAUCUAAGAUUGCGACGAUCACAGUUGAAGGGACUUUGUAUAAAUGAUCCGAUGUAUGAAGACGUCAACAAUGCACACGAACGUGCGCUUGUCUUUAUGCAUAAGAUGCCACGAAUUUGGAUUGAUUAUUGUAAACUCCUCGUAGAGCAAAUGAAGCUGACACGAAUCAGACGAACAUUUGAUCGCGCACUACGUGCUCUCCCUAUCACACAACACACACGAGUGUGGCCGCUCUAUUUAAACUUUGUCAAGAAGUAUCCAGUUCAUGAAACAGCUGUGAGGGUCUAUAGGAGAAUGCUAAAAUUACAACCUGAAGAUGCGGAAGACUACAUUGAAUAUUUGAUUUCUAUUGAUCGACUUGAUGAGGCUUGCGUUAAACUUGCGGAAAUUGUAAACGACGAACAUUUCUUGUCUAAGCGGGGCAAGUCGAACCACGCAUUAUGGCACGAACUGUGCACCCUAAUUUCUCGCAAUCCUGAUAAAGUUCAUUCAUUAAAUGUGGAAGCAAUCAUCCGUGGUGGGUUGAAACGCUUCACUGAUCAGCUUGGACAACUGUGGUGUUCGCUUGCUGAUUAUUAUACAAGGAGUGGUUUGUUUGAAAGGGCAAGAGACAUAUAUGAAGAAGCGAUUGAAACUGUGACCACAGUGAGAGACUUCACCCAGAUAUUUGAUGCUUAUGCUCAGUUUGAGGAGACCGUUAUAUCAAGUAAGAUGGAACAAAUGACAAACAAUCCAUCAGAUGACCAGGAUGAAGAUGACACAGACAUUGAACUUCGACUUGCGAGGUUUGAACAUCUCAUGGACCGAAGACCUUUGCUGCUCAACAGUGUCCUGUUAAGACAGAAUCCUCACAAUGUAUUGGAAUGGCUCAAACGUGUGGAAUUGUUUAAAGACCAGCCUCGAGAAAUAAUCAACACAUACACUGAAGCAAUACAAACUAUUGAUGUGAAGAAAUCUGUUGGGAAACUUUACACCCUGUGGGUUUCUUUUGCAAAGUUUUAUGAAAGCAACGAUCAAAUACAAGAUGUGAGUCAAUUAUUAGUUUAUAUUUUCUCUUUAAUAAUGCAUGUGCAUUUGUCUAAAACUCUAAAUCUUAUUCUUAUGGUGUAUGCUGACCUGGAGGAAAGCUUUGGGACUUUGAAGACAUGCAAAGCAGUUUAUGAUAAAAUCCUUGAUCUACGGAUCGCCACCCCACAAAUUAUCAUCAACUAUGGAAUGUUCUUGGAAGAAAAUAAUUAUUUUGAAGAUGCAUUUAAGGCAUAUGAAAGAGGAGUUGCUUUAUUUAAAUGGCCGAAUGUUUAUGAUAUUUGGAACACGUAUCUCACAAAGUUUAUUAAGAGAUACGGGGGCAAGAAGUUGGAGAGGGCGAGGGAUUUAUUUGAGCAAGCACUUGAUGGCUGUCCAGCUAAGUUUGCUAAAAAUCUAUAUUUGUUGUAUGCUAAACUGGAAGAGGAAUAUGGAUUAUCAAGACAUGCUAUGGCUGUUUAUGAAAGAGCAACCAAAGCUGUGUUAACAGAUCAACGACAUGAACUGUUCAACAUAUAUCUACGUCGAGCUGCUGAGAUAUAUGGAGUAACUCACACAAGACCAAUAUACGAGAAAGCAAUUGAAGUUCUCCCUGACGAACAUGCUCGAGAUUUUUGCCUCAGAUUCGCUGAUCUUGAACGAAAACUCGGUGAAAUAGAUCGGGCUCGUGCCGUGUAUGCUCACUGUUCGCAAAUGUGUGACCCGAGGACAAGUGCCAACUUCUGGGAAGCUUGGAAGUCGUUUGAAGUUAAACAUGGUAACGAAGAUACAGUUCGUGAGAUGCUUCGAAUAAAGAGAAGUGUUCAAGCUACUUACAAUACCCAGGUUAACUAUAUGUCAGCACAAAUGUUGGCAGCUGCUGGAAAUCUUACAGGCACUACAUCUGACCUUACCCCUGAUGGUAACCUUGACAACGAUGGAAUGAAACUUCUUGAACAAAAAGCAAGUCACGCUGCUGCAAGGGCAAACCAGGAAGAAAUGAAACCAAAUAAAGGAAUUCUGUUUGUUAGGAGUGACAAACCACCUAUGGAAACUGAAAUCAGCCAAGUUCAGAAUCCUGAUGAAAUUGACAUUGAUGAUGAUGACAGUGAGACUGAAGAUGGGCCAGCCGUUAUACAAAGAAAGAUCGUACCAGAUGAAGUGUUUGGUGGAAUGAAAAAGGACGAGGAUUAGUUUUGGAUGAUUUACAAAAGAAAAAUCGUGUUUCAUAUUUGUAUACUGCCGAAAACCAAUAAAAUAAUACCUUUGCAUAUACUUUAA